ACACACACACACACACACACAUAAAGGCGGGCACAACAACAAUACCUAAAACGUAAACAAGGUUUGCCUUUUGCCUUUACCCACACAAGUUCUUGAAAAGAAGGCUUGCCACCGAGGCAUAAAACAUAAUAUUGAAACUGUCGACCGAAAAAGGGACUCGGUUUGACACGAGGAGGAAUUGUUAUUCGUUUAUUCUUUUUGUUGCACAUAGCGUGAGUGUGUGUGUUUAUAUACUGUGGUCUUGUUUGCAUAAACGAUGAGUAUGGAUGAUACGCGAAAGAGGGUACAGGAUCAUUUAAAAAACAAAUGUCGAGUUUCAUCCAUGACGGCGCCUCAGGAAUGGAUCGAUGGCUGUAUUGCCUUUUACAGGGGUUCACAUUCCAAAACAAAUCUCCCCGAUCUACUGGAAUUUGUUGCUCAACAAUGGUUUCUCAUGGAUUUUGUAUCAUUGGAACUCAAAUCACUUCCCAUUAACUUGAAUAAAUCAACUCUGGCCAACUUGACAGAGAAUUAUGUCCUUCAGUUGAUGUCUGUCCUCAACAUUGGUCAGUCUGCCUAUUCCCAGCACACCAAAAUCACAAAGGGACUGGAGAGCAACAGUGAAGUCUCUGCGGACAAGAAAAUACCUUCGAAAUGGGAACCAAAGAACAGGAGGAUGCUGUUGCUUGACCUAACGGAUGGCAGUCAAAGCAUCCAAGCCAUGGAGUACACCCCCAUCCAUCACCUGCACUUGGACUUGAUUCCUGGGACCAAAGUCCUCGUCAAGGGACCAGUGGAGUGCCGCCGUGGGGUCAUUCUUCUCCGUUCCAACAACAUUGAACUUUUAGGUGGAGAAGUGAGUGACCUAGUGCAAAAAAACGCUCCCGAGAACAUCCUGGCACGUCUGCUUGACAAGCCAGAGAACCCCAACCCAGUCUACGGUACCUACACUGCGCAGACAUUAGCAACCGUCAACGACGUCGAACAAGAUGGAGAUGAUGAACCCUCCUCCGCCAAAUGCGGAAACAACACGGAGCAACAACAAAGAGGCGUCUGUCGAAACAAGUCCGCGUCGGCCAAUCAAGGCACGUGUAGCGUCGCCAAACAGAAAAGGAACGACGACGAUGACCUCAAACCCUGGAGUGCUUCCUUUCCGCCGGCUAAGAAAAUCCAGCAGAGGGCCAUACGAGCCAAAGUCGAGGAGGAUAUGUUUCCGGACGACGAUGACGAUUACAUUUUCCACACGGCAUCAGCAGGAGAUGAAGACAUGUUCCCGGACGAUGAUGAUGACAUCCUUUUCACAGCUGGCAACCUUGCCGUCCCGGUGGGGCAGUCGGAAGAAGACGCUGGGCGUCGAGUCAAAAUCAGUGGACCUUUAACUACGUCGACAACAGCUGGCCAAGCUAAACCUAUUAUUGUCAACAGACCUUUCACUUAUUUGUCGAGUUACAUCAAAACAAGGACGGACAGGGCGGUCAAUAAUGUCAAAUGUGAAGAGGAAUUCAUCUGUGUCAAGGGAUUCGUAGCGACGAUUAAAAGCAAAUUAGAAGCGGCUAGAACAGAGAUUGGGACAAUCCAGUGGAAAUUAUCAGCCAUUAUUAAUGACGGAUCGGCUGCGUUGUUUGUUGAUUUCGGUCCGGAUGUUUUGGAGAAUCUGAUUGGAUAUUCACCGCCUGCUCUCAAAUCAAUGAUGGCUGCUAGUGGCGGCGAUAGUAAACGUAUCGGAGCACAAGUAUUGGAAGAAGCCAAGCAAAAGCUCAUCCGUUUGAAUUGCCUUCUCCACAUCCGAUGGCCGGCUAGUGAUGCUGAUCGAGACAAGUGCAGCGCAGCCGGAAUUCCGGCCACAAACCAUAAGUUGCCCGUUGUCUACCGGUUGGAGGACAUUGAGCGUCGUCAUCUCGAAAUGUUACAACUUUUGUGAUUGGUUCGCACACAUACACUAUCUAGCACUUUAGACGUGAGCUUUCUACGAGAUCAUAAUGGAAGAAAACAUUAAGAAUGGCGACGACCGUGCCUGGGCUUACACACAUUAUAUGUGUGUGUGUGUGUGUGUAUACAGUGUGUGUGUGUGUACCUGCUGCCAGAAACAGCUGGAUCGAUCGGCUGCCUCCA